CGGUGCAUUUAAAUACAGUGCGAGGUCCACCGUUACGAUGACACUGCUGAAGUUAACUACACAGAAUAAGCUAACAUCAACAGUAACGUUAGCUAAGAGCAGGUUAACAUACUUAUGAUCGGCGAGGGUGAGUAUUAAAAUGUCAAAGCUGAUUUAUUGCGUCAAUCAAAGUCAGGGCUGCAUUGCAAUGAAUGCCAGGAUCAACCGUAAAACAAUGCAUAUCUUGCCUGCAGCACGUCCCAGUUGCGUGCAAGGUAUGCAAACUUUGUGGAACUCAGCAGCCCAUGAAGAAGAAGAUCCAGAGAGCUCAAGAAAAAGCCUCCAGGGAAUGGGCAACAAAACUCAGAAAAAUGGGUAAUGCUCCAAAGUUAAUGGACACAGCCCGGAUUCUUGUUCAUAAAUUCAAGAUGGUCGGAUUGCAUCCUCUUUUGCUCUAUGGGUAUGCGAAAAAAGACAAGGUGUCUUGUGGUUACCUCUAUGGCUUGGAAGGAGUCACAACUAAAGAACUUGAAAUUGUUGCAGCCAUUAAAGAUUUAUAUCAGAGUCUCCUGGAAGUGAUUAUUCAAAGAGAGAAGGAGGCCCAAACUGUCUGCCUGAUGGACAAUGAAGGACCGAGGGAACCUGCUGGAUCAUCUCUGGAUACCAGAGUCAAAGAGGAGGAUGUGGCCUUUCCUGUUAUUUUAACACCAUGGCCCUCCUCAUCUCCAGGACUGACUCCUCAACCUUCUGUGACAUCACCCCAAAAGUGUGGCACCAAACUUUGCUCUCCACCAAAACAUUCUGUAAUAAUUAAAAGGGAGAAGGUUAACCAAACACUUUCAGGGCGACAGAGGGAGCCUGUUGGAUCUCCUUUGGACCCUAAGGUCAAAGAUGAGGGUGUUGCCUUCCCUCGUAAAACUUGUGACCCUGCACCUCUGCCAUGCACCAUGUCCCCCUCAUCUCCAAGACCGACUCUACAACACUCUGCAGGAGCUGCCCAAAGGUUUGCUUCCAAACUGUGCUCUCCACCAAAGCAGACUGGAUCAACCCUAAAACAAUGCUUAGCUUGCAUGCAGCACGUCCCUGUCGCGUGCAAGGUAUGCAAACUUUGUGGCGCCCGGCAGCCCAUGAAGGUGAAGAUACAGAGGGCUCAAGAAAAGGCCUCCAAGGAAUGGGCGACAAAUCUUAGAAAAACGGGUAAUACUCCCAAGUUAGUGGACACUGCUCGGAUUCUGGUUCAUAAAUUCAAGAUUGUUGGUUUGCAUCCACUUUUCCUGCAUGGUUAUGGGAAAAAGAAUAAAGUGUCCUGUGGUUACCUCCAUGGCUUGGAGGGAGUCACGACGAAAGAACUUGAAAUUGUUGCAGCUAUAAAAGAAUUAUAUCAGAGCCUAUUAGAAGUUAUAAUUCAAAGAGAGAGAGAGGCCCAAACGAUCUGCUUGGUGGAUGAAGAGACACAGAGGGAGCCUGCUGGAUUGUCUAUGAAUACUAAGGUCAAAAAGAAGGAUCUGACUUUUCCUCUCACACCUUGGGACCUCACAGCAUCAGCCAUGGCUUCCUCGUCUCCAGAACCACCCCCUCAACAGUAUGCACGCUUUCCCCAAAAGUCUGCCGCCAACCACCUGUGUUCUCCACAGAACCAGACAGACUAUGAAUUCCUCAGAGACAAAAACACAUUCCCAUUUUCAGAGAUCAUUACAGAAAGGAUUCUAAAUGAAAGCUGCAAAAGGAUGGGACUUGAAUUACUGGGAAGCCACAUGAUAUGGAAUAAUUCUGGAGUGGAAGAGGACAGCAUGAAUUGUACAGCAUUGGUGUUGUGUUCAUUUUUGUCUGUUUUGUGCUUGCAUGUCAAUUUUGUAGAUUGUGUCUUGUUUUGUAGCAUUCCUAUUAUAAUUAUGUACAGUAUGUAUAUUCCUUUUUUAUAAAAUUGUCUUUCAAAAGAAA